CUAGCUACUUCCUCAUCACAUACUAUAAAACACUUGGGUGGUUUAUCAGCUGAACACAGAGCCUUCAGGUUUGUGGUACAUUCACUGCGGUGCACUGAUUAAAACAUCAUGCAGUUUGCCUUCGUCACUUUUUUUCUCUUCACUUCUACCCUGACUUCAGGAUGGGCAAGAAGUGUAGACCUUCAGCUCACAGGACCGCAAACACCCAGCCUUCACAUGAUGGACAACAUGUGCACCGACUGUAAAAAGACUGUACAGCUGCUGACAGAAAUCCUCUCCAGUCAAGACUCACAGCAUCUUAUUGAGAAAUCUCUGGACAAGUUUUGUUAUGAACACCCCGUCAUCCCUCUGUGUAUGAAUGGAGCAAAGACAUACGUACAUUUGGUUAUCAGACAUUUCAGUGCAUUUGCAAAUCAAAACGGUGACAUAUGCUCAAUGCUGGGACUGUGUGGCAGCCAGUCUGAGAGAAACGCACCGUCAGAGCUCACUGUUGGUCUGAAUGAGCAGGGUUCACUCUAUGCAAAGCCUUCAAGAGGAACUAGUCAAGAGGUACGUGUUAGACAGGAGGCUGUAGUGAACCUUCUGGAGAAAAUCUGUGACUAUUUGCCUUCGCAAUACAAGGACAUGUGUGACAACUUUGUAGAAACGUACGGAAAGCAGCUGAUUGAUCUGCUGUUGUCCUCCCUCCCUCCACAUGCCAUCUGCAGCGCGCUGGGCCUGUGUCUCUUCCCACAGACGCCACUGUCAGUGUCCUCAGAGCAAACGGACUGUGAUUCCUGUAAGAUACUGGCGAUCCUCUCUCAGUUUCAUUUGGGUCACAAUGCAACUGAGAUCCAGACCUCUGACCUUCUCCAGAAGAUGUGCCACCUCCAUCCUAACACUAUUCCUCGAUGUGAAGGCUUUGUGAAGCUUCAUGGUCACAGGCUCCUGAAGAGUGAUGGGAAACGACCACCAAUCACAGCAUGUGAGGAUGAUUACCUCUGCCGGGGACCCAGAUGAAAGCAAUCCAUCAGACUGGAUCAGAAAAAGCAACAACCUUCUUACUUUCCUCGAUCAAGCUUCUUCUCUCCACACACAGAACCGAGGGGACUUUGAGACAUACAGUAUACGAGAGGAGACGAUCACCGUGCAGUCUGUUUCAAAUGACCUUCAUGUGCCACACUGGGUAAACAUUUAAUACUAAACUAGUCAACUUAACAUAGGAAAUCCUAACACUGUGUGCAUCCUGUAACAUUAUAUAAAAUCACUGCUUCCUCAUUUUUGUGUUGAGAUGAUGCAGAAAUAAACAGAUUCACAUUUUAA